GAGCUGAUCGUUUUCAUACGGCCACUUUCCGGUGCGCGCGCGAGAUCGAGUGUGUUUCCGAGGUCGUCGCGGUGGGGCGAGAGUCCGCCGCCGAGGCUAAUUUUUGGCAGAUUUUCUUCUCGCUCGUCGCUCUCCCGCUCGCCGUUCGGUCGUUCGUUUGGUUGUCGUGGUCGUCCGCGACGCGAUUUUCGCCGUCGUCAAUUGUCGGAUGAAAAGUUUAUUAGUUCAACAACGCGAUCCGAACGAUUGCGCCAACGAUUUGGCGCGCGCGAUCGACGAUUUGGAAAAUCAAUAUCCGGGUGGCUCGGUGUGAUUGAAUCCAAUUUUCCGAUAACGACAAACAACGAAAAAAAGUAGAAAAAAGGACCGCGCGGUCCUCGCCCUUUUUGAAAAGUAGCAAGUGUGUGGCUUUGUGUAGUGAAACGACUUUGAAUUUUUCGACAUUUCAACGAAGACGACCGACCAUCAAACGACGGCGACAUUUCUUAGGCGAUAAUUUCGAACCCUAUUAACAUCGCAAAUCGAACUGAACUCGAGCCGACAAGUGCAUUUGGAAGCGAAAAUUUUAGCGGUCAAACCAGCAGAAAAGCAAAGGAAGUACAUUUUCGUGUGGAUGAAUUGCGCAGUUGGUAGUUUUGUGGAUAGUGCCGCGGUUCAGGCAGGACUAAGUCAGCCGGUAUAAAUAAACGUGUGUCACGCCGAGCGUGUUGCUGCAGCUGCUCGACGAGGAGCACCACCGUCUCGGUGCCCGACGUUUACCUCUGAUGUGACAUUUACUUCUGGGAGAGCUGCCUACCAACAACUGCACGAGAACUGCUGUCUACAAGUAGCCUUCGUCGGAAAAUGCAGAACAACGAACUGCAGUAACUGUGUGACAUUUGAGACAAUCAUCAUCCGAAGGGAACAUUGCCCGCCCUUAUCCUGUGGAAUUGCUGGGAGCACAAUUUGCGACAAAUGAAGAAAAGUUUCGUGGGAUUUGAUGUUGUGGCUAAAAGUGAAACGAUUUAACUGCGUUUAAUGUGAGACGAAGAAUUUUAGUGCAGUGGAUUGUAGCUAGUGUCUAUAAAAUUUAUUGCUUAAGUGUCUAGAGUAAAAUUUUGGUGAAGAGAUCCUCAUCUUGAAAAUGUGUGUGUCCUUAAUGUGAAAUAGAUGUCUUACAAUCGCAGUCUGAUCUCCCGCUGUGAGAAAUCUAGAAAUUAGUGUACUUUGAAAAGUUCAUUCAAACAGGUGCAAUUAUUGUCUACGGAGUUGAAAAUUGUAAGAAAAAAAAAACACUUUACAGUUCAGAAUAUUUAAACCUUAGCUUGAAGAAUUGUGAACCGGGAAAACCGUGAUAUGGAGAUCGUGUCAAUUAGCGGCCGUCGGUUUUUGUUUUUCAGUUUUGUUUAUUUUCGUUUCAAGAGCGCUGCUCUAGUAGACGGCCCGAAAAAUGCUAGCUAUGCGUCGUGAAAGUGAUCAAAUCUACAACGGCAGUACCUCAAAUGCGAUCAAUCAUCACCACCUCCAUAGCGGUGGCAGUAGUAGUAGCGGUAGUAGUAGCUACGGCCAACACUCGGUUCCGUCCCACGCCGUCGGAAGUGCCGGUGGUCAUUCUACCAACAGUGCCCUGUCGACUCAUUUGAACCAAGCCAACAAUAGCAACACCAGUAGUAGUGCUAGUGUAGUAGUAAGUAGUGCUUCGAGUGCCGUUAAUAACAGUGUAAACUCCAGUGAAUCAAACGCGAGUUCUAUCGCAAUUAAUGGUAGUGCUUCGGUGGUGUCAGCGACACCGUAUCACCAUCAGUACCAUCAGCAACAACAACAGCAGCAGCAGCAUCAUCAAGCAACUCAACACCACCUUCAGCAUCAUCAUCAUCACCAUCAUCAUCCUGGUGUUGUUCACAACUAUAACGGCCUAGGCGGCGGAACCGCCUACGGAAGCUACGCCGGCUACGGAGCAGGAAUUUACCUCUGAUGUGACAUUUACUUCUGGGAGAGCUGCCUACCAACAACUGCACGAGAACUGCUGUCUACAAGUAGCCUUCGUCGGAAAAUGCAGAACAACGAACUGCAGUAACUGUGUGACAUUUGAGACAAUCAUCAUCCGAAGGGAACAUUGCCCGCCCUUAUCCUGUGGAAUUGCUGGGAGCACAAUUUGCGACAAAUGAAGAAAAG